AUGGUACCGGACGGCAGGCCGGCUCAGGACCAGGCAGGCUCAGGACCAGGCAGGCGGGCUCAGAGUCAGGACAGGCAAGGGUCAAACCAGGAGGGACUGUGGGAGGGUAGCCUGAAGCCGGGCGACCGUCUGAUGUGUGUGGAUGGGGUGCCCCUCCACAGUGCCAACCACAGGGAUGCCCUCGCCGUGCUCAACCAGUGUGGUCAGGAGGCCCUCCUACAGAUCGAGUAUGACGUCUCUAUCAUGAAUACUGUGACGAAUGUGUCUGGUCCCCUAUUGGUGGAGAUCGCCAAGUCACCAGGGGCGGCUCUGGGUAUCACCUUGACAACCGCCACCCACAGGAACAAACAGGUCAUCGUCAUCGACAGGAUCAAAGCAGCUAGUGUGGUGGACAG